AUGGUUGCUUCCGCGUCUACGGGAGCAAAUGCCUCACACGCGCAGUCCGCGUCGACUCGUCAACGCCCAAAUUCGUCUUAUCCGUCCUACGGUCACAAUGUCCCGUUGAGUGCCCGUCGGUCCGCGCCUCUCGACCUGUCCACCGUCGAGCGGCGUGGACAACCCAAUGCUGCUCGGGAACCCACCAAGCGCGUCCGCCCUCAUGGCUUGCCCGAGGCUCCCACCUUCCGUCCCACUGAGGAGGAGUUCAAAGAUCCCAUGGCGUAUAUCCGCAAGAUUGCUCCCGAGGGGCGGAAAUACGGCAUCUGCAGGAUUAUUCCUCCUGACAGCUGGAAUCCUCCUUUUGCUAUAGACACGGAGUCCUGUCCCGAUCGAGAUCCCUUUGCCCAGAAUACCUACCAUCUCCUCACUCUUGAGACUCCGAGGUUUGUCAUGGAACGUGCUAACGGUCUGAUCCUCCAGCGUUUCCACUUCAAGACUCGUCGCCAGGAGCUGAAUUCGGUCGAAGGAGGUAUGCCCCAGCGUUCAGCGGAUGUUGCUGUCGGCAGAGCUCCCCAGGACCACCGUUCUGACCCAGAACCAGGAACCCGUGCGAACCUGAACUACCUCGAUCAGCUCGCCAAGUUCCACAAACAGCAAGGUACCAACCUCAAUCGGUUUCCAAGCGUGGAUAAACGGCCACUAGACCUGUACAAGCUCAAGAAGGCGGUUGAGGUCCGCGGGGGCUUUGACCAGGUAUGCAAGUUGAAGAAGUGGGCCGAGAUUGGUCGGGAUCUGGGUUAUAGCGGCAAGAUUAUGUCGUCCUUGUCCACCUCGCUCAAGAACUCGUAUCAAAGAUGGCUGCAGCCUUAUGAGGAGUACCUGAAGGUUGCCAAGCCAGGUGUGCAGCAGCAGCUGGAGCUCGAACAAGGUGGCCCUUACACGCCAUCCCCAAGCCACUCGCCCAUGAACAAACGCCCGCUCUCCUCCACACCAUCCAAUGCUCGUCAGGACUCGCCGGCCGUGCGGGCCUCUGGUACGUUGAAUGCGUCCACGGAGACAGAUGGUACUCCGGACCGGCCUACGCCAUCCUCGGCCGAGUCGGCUUCCGCCCGACCUGCUGGUUCAUCCGGAUUCACGGCCGUCAAUGCCAAACCGGGAGGUUUUACCCCAGUCAAUCAGUCGCCCUCGUUUGUGGCAGUGAACAAUGGUCCCCAGGUGAAGCGUGAGACGGAGAAUGGCACGCCGACCCCCAAGACCAUUGCCCCACAUCCUGGAGGGGACAGUGUCGAUGCAAAGCAGACAGGGACAAACUCGACCCCGGUUACCAAUGGUCAUGGGGAUCAUCCCCUCAAACGUGCUAUAAGUCAUGAUAGCCUGAGUGGCAGUCCGCAGGUAGAAACGGGCGAUGCCGAGAGCUCUGGCCGGAGGAGUAAAAGACUACGUAAAGAUGCGCCUCCGACAGUGGCUGGGUCCCAUAUGAGUCUCCUCCGCCCGGCCCCGUCCCGGGCACGGAUGAAGAAUGGCACUCGCAAGACUGGCAAUAAAUGCGAAGCAUGUGGCAAGACCGAUAACCCUGAGUCCAUUUUCGUUUGCGACAGCUGUGAUAAUGGAUAUCACCGAACCUGCGUCGAUCCCCCCUUGAAUGCUGUUCCCGAGAAUGACUGGCACUGCCCCAAAUGUCUGGUAGGCACUGGUGAAUACGGCUUCGAGGAGGGCGGUAUCUAUUCUCUAAAGCAGUUUCAAGAGAAAGCGAACAAUUUCAAGAAGAACUAUUUUGCUCCACGGAUGCCCUUCGAUCCAGUUUUGAACACUCAGCGGCGUGAAACCGAGGAUGACGUUGAACGUGAAUUCUGGCGGCUGGUGGAAAGUCUCACGGAGACCGUUGAGGUCGAGUACGGUGCCGAUAUCCAUUCCACGACGCACGGCAGUGGCUUUCCGACGGUGGAGAAGAAUCCUCUUGAUCCAUACUCGACUCAUCCUUGGAAUCUAAACGUGCUUCCUUUCCACGAGGACUCGCUUUUCCGACACAUUAAAUCAGAUAUCUCCGGUAUGACGGUCCCUUGGGUGUAUGUGGGCAUGUGCUUCUCUACGUUUUGCUGGCACAAUGAAGACCACUACGCAUACUCGGCCAACUACCAGCAUUUCGGCGCCACCAAGACGUGGUAUGGUAUCCCAGGAUCCGACGCCGAGGCCUUUGAGAAAGCGAUGCGGGAGGCCGUGCCAGAGCUCUUUGAGACACAACCAGACCUCCUCUUCCAACUUGUCACCUUACUCCCACCAGAUCAGUUGAAGAAGGCCGGUGUCAAUGUCUAUGCCCUCGAUCAGCGUGCGGGCCAGUUCGUCAUCACCUUUCCUCAGGCCUACCACGCUGGGUUCAAUCAUGGCUUCAACUUCAAUGAGGCAGUCAACUUUGCUCCCGCAGACUGGGAGCCCUUUGGUGCUCUUGGUGUCGAGCGAUUGCAAGCUUUCAGAAGACAGCCGUGCUUUUCGCAUGAUGAGUUGUUGCUGACAGCGGCUGCUAGAGAUACCUCCAUCAAGACUGCCAAAUGGUUGGCCCCUGCGUUAGCACGAACGACUGACCGUGAAGUGGAGCAACGCGCAGCCUUCAUUAACUGUCACCGAGAGGUAGCUGCACAUCAGUGUAAGUUCAGCGGUGAGGACUGGUCGGCCGAUGGGGACUGCAAAUUGAAGUUCGUCGUCGAAGACGAGGACCUGCCUGAAGAAGACUACCAAUGCCACUACUGCAAAGCCUACACCUACCUGACCCAAUUCCGAUGUCACAAGUCCGGCCGAACCCUUUGCCUCAUACACGCAGCGACUUACGACUGCUGUGGUGAGCCGCAAACUCAACGGCUGAUGGGACCGGACCAUACGUUGCGAUACCGGAUGACUGAUGACGAAUUGAAGAAUUUGGUGCAAAAGAUCCAAGACCGUGCCAGGAUCCCUGAGGCGUGGGCGGAAAAGUUGGACAAGGUGCUUGAGGAUGAACCAAAACCGCAACUGAAGGUCCUCCAUAGCCUGCUAAGCGAAGGUGAGAAAAUCCCAUAUCAUUUACCUGGCCUUCAAGAUCUCGCGGCUUUCGUUCAGCGGUGCGACAAGUGGGUGGAAGAAGCCAACAACUACAUCACGCGCAAGCAGCAGAACCGCAGGAAGAAUGAAAAGGCCUGGCGUAAAGGCACUUCCAAGGCCGCCCAGCUUGAAGAACGCGACCGUGAGCUCCGCAGAGUGGAGAAUAUCCACGCCCUACUUGCAGAGGCUGAUAAACUGUCCUUCGACUGUCCACAGAUGGCGGCCCUGGAAGAGAAAACCCGCGAGAUCGAGAAAUACCGCCAGGAGGUCCAUAUCGCCCUACUUAAUCCUCACCUCCGAUCGAUCCAAGAGGUAGAGGAGCUGGUUGAGUCGAGCCGGAAUUUCAACGUGGACAUUCCCGAGGUGGAAGAACUAGAGCAUGUGCUGCGACAGAUGAAAUGGAACGAGGAGGCCCGUCGCAAGCGUGAUCAGUACCUCACCCUGCAGGAGUGUAAAGAGUUGAUCCAGGCCGGAGAACAACUGGGAUUGGAUGACAGAAACGAGGAUCUGGCUCAUUUCAAGGAUCUGUGUCGCCACGGAGAGACCUGGGAGGCCAAAGCGAAGGAAUUGAUGUCUGUGGAAGCCGUUCAUUAUCAGCAGCUGGAAGCCCUAUCCGCACAGGCGUCGCGGUUCCCUGUUUCCCCCGAAACACUGGCGCAGGUCGAUGCUAUUCUGACCAAGCAGCGAGAGGCUCAGAAACAGAUCCAGAGUCUUUACGAACGGAGUCAAGAUCCGGAUUUCCGCAAACGUCCCAAGUACAGGGAGGUGCGCGAACUUAUGGAAUCUCUGGAACAGCUGAACAGUCGGCCCGUUGGCGCCAUUGAUCUGGAGCGCGAACAGAAGCGCCACGAGGAUUGGAUGAGGAAAGGCAAGAAGCUCUUUGGCAAGGCAAAUGCACCGCUACAUAUUCUCAAGUCUCACAUGGAGUAUGUCGAGAAGAAGAAUGCCGCCUGCUUCGACUUGGAAGAUCGCUGUCGACCACCGGUCGAACCCGCGUCGCGGGACAACACGCCUGAGGGUCUCCUGGAGAAUCAAGGCAUGUGGGAAGGCGGUAAGUCUCGGAAGAGAGAUGUUUUUUGCAUCUGCAGGCAGUCCGAAGCUGGGAUGAUGAUUGAAUGCGAGAUCUGCCACGAGUGGUAUCAUGGCAAAUGCCUGAAAAUUGCUAGGGGAAAGGUCAAGGAAUUUGACAAAUACACCUGCCCGGUCUGUGACUGGCGGAGAAAGAUCCCUCGCGACGCCGCACGGCCCAAGCUUGAGGAUCUUCAGGAAUGGCAGGCAGAGAUUCCGAACCUCCCCUUCCAGCCCGACGAGGAGGAAGUCCUGGACAACAUUAUCAAGCAAGCAUCCGCUUUCCGGGAUUUCCUCCAAAGCUUCACAAACGCCGCUUGCACGACGACCGAGGAGAUCCCUACGUUGCUUUUCUAUCUCCGUAAAAUCGAGGGUGCGGAGGUUCUCCUUGCGUACGAGACUAAUUUCUUCCGUCAAGAGAUUCAUAAGUGGGCACCAGUGGCACCAGAGCCCCCGCCGAUUCUGGAGCAGUCACUCUCUACUCGCAAGCCUCGUCCAACGAAGCAACAGAAGAUUAUGGCUCAGUUGGGCGUAGAACGUCCGGAGGACCUUCCCCCUCAUCUCCGUCCGAAGACGAGCAACGCUGCCAAGCGCAAGUCUCUUGAGUCCUCCCAAACGACCAGACCACAGCCUCUUCAGCCAGCACCUCAACAGCCCUCCGCUGGGUCGUCGGAAGAGAACCGGCCACCAGUCUCAGCAAGCAAUGAAUCAACCUUGCCCAGUACAUCAUCAUCAUCCCAGCCAUACCCGUUCUCGGCAAACUAUUCCCUGGCGCGCGAUCCGAGCCCACCAUUUGCGCUAUCUUCAUCCUCUUCCUCUGCCUUCCUUCCUCAUGCUGCGGGGCAGUCUCCGUCCUUUCCUCCACGCUCUCCACCACAUCAAGGCUUGGAUCAGCCUCUUUUCAGCCCGCCCCCGAGCUUCAAUCGCGACCAGAACGAGGGGCCAUCUGGUGUCGAUAUAGAUACCAACAAUCCUUUUUCAAGCAGUCCUCGUCAGAAUCUGGAUGAUGUAUUUGCGGAUCUCACCAACCAGGACGCUGAUGCCGUUGAACCCAUGGAGAACACCCAUACCAAUGAAGCAUUGGAGGCUCUGGAUGCUGGCAACGGUGGCGAUCGUCCUGAUUCCGACCAUGAAGGUGAGACCGCCGAAACUGCCAGAGACGGCGAAGCUGAAGGCAACGGCGAAGGUCCUGCAGAUGACUUCUGA